CUGUGUGUUUGUGAUUACGAUCUGCGGUCGUAGGGCAGGUCAACGUCUGGGCCGGCGGUUUAGCGGCGGGUCGCCGGAGCAAUUAGCGCGGCCACGGGUGAGAGCACUCUGCCCGGUGUGCCCUGGCCGUGGCCAGCCGGGAGGGUCUGCCAGGUGCCAGGUGGCGCUGGUAGAAAGCUCAGCCCGGGACAUGUCGCACGCCGCCGCUACAUCGUCACUUCUGAAAGAAGAUCCGCUGAGCCGGAUCCAGCGCGAGAUCAUCGAGGUGACGGAGCGCGAGCGCGAGUUCAAGGAGGGGCACUUCCGCGUGAACCGGCUGCUGUCGGAGUCCACGCUGGCCGUGCACGAGCCGCGCGAGCAGCGGGCGCCCGCGCUGCACCGCGCCGUCAGCACGUCCACGCUGCUGGGGCCCGUGGCGCCCUCGCCGCCGGCCUCGCCCGCGCUGCUCGCCUCCAACGGCUACACGCGCCGCUUCACCCCGCAGAACGGCACCAAGGGACUCAUGCAGCGCUUCAUCGCCAACAAGGGCAAGAUCAACAUCACGUCCCCGGUAGGCGCCACCCCCCCGGGCGCCUUCACCCCGCCGCUCGCCUUCACCCCCUCGCCCGUGGCCGCCACGCCGCCCUACACGCCGCCCGCGGUGGCGCGCGCGCCCGACGGCAAGCUCCUGCGCAAGGGCUUCGUGCCCGUCGAGGAGAAGAUACAGAAGGAGCUGCGCGAGAUGAAGGACCGCGAGCACGAGCUCAAGCGCAUGAGGAAGAAGAAGACGAGGCCCUUCGACCUGGAGCUGAGCUCGGGCGAGAGCAGCGACGAGUCGGAGGACGAGGACGCGAGCCCGGGCCGGCUCAAGCCCGCGCGCUCCAUCGGCGAGCUGUACGAGGCGCUCAACGAGGAGCUGCGCACGCCGUCGCCGCGCCACAGCUCCGGCCAGGAGUCGCUGGGCAGCCUCAAGCCCGCCAAGUCGCUGGCCGAGCUGUGCGAGCUGCGCCCCGGGCAGGAGUUCCUGGCGCCCAGCUCCACGCGCCUCAUCGCGCAGUGGGAGUCCAUCAUACAGCAGAAGCAGGAGGCCGGCGCCGCCUAGCCGCGCCCGCCACAGGACUAAGUGCGUGUCGGUGAGGACAAAGUGUCGAUGUGUAGUUGGUAUGAGUCAAGUGUCGCGACGAGGAGGCGAGGACGACCUGGUUGGCCGCGAGUGCCGCCCCGCGCCUGUGUAGCGUCAGGGACAUAUCGCCGUCGGUAUGCGCGAGUAGCUCUAAGCGAUAGUCGCAGUGCGUUAACAGUUUUCACUCUUCGUAGUCAAUUUUGAUCGAUUUCUAUCGACGAUCGAUUGUGGUAAUUAAUUUUCUCCAGACUGCGAACAAUGCAAAUGAUGGUUAUCCGUAACAGUAAUUAACUCGCGCAGUGGAAAGCGGCCGAUAGCAUGAGACGCAGUGCCGCCCGACGUAUGGGUAAAUGUUUUCUUCCUAUUGUUAGGCGGUAUUCGAAAAACCCAACAGGUUGUUUUUGCCGAUCGCUUUCCCGAGGCAGUACAGUCUUUCAUCUGUCAUAACCGCAAUGUAUUGUUCGUAGAUGCACUUUUUUCUGCAACUAGAAAAUGUCCGAAGCAAAAACAUAAUGAUAAUCUAGUUUAAUUUGAAUGUGGGAUGGAGCCGCCCCGACCGGCUGCGCUCUGGCAAUGGGGUGCCAUAUUUCAAAACUCUUAUCUUGUUAAUAUUUUUAUGCAUUUAUUUACAUUUGCCACCUCGUGUUAACAUUGAUGCAUUAUUCAUGAAUUAUUGUGCAAACAUUUGAGCAUACUUUCACAUAAAUAGUAACUUUACUGUGAUGAGUUUUUUAAGUUAAUUUAAAUGAUAAUGUGUGAGUUGCGAAGUAUUGAUGAGUGAUGCAGGCGCGGCGGAGCUGGUAUCCGCGCUCGUGAUGCGCAGAGCGCACGGCGCAGCGCGCACAGUGCGCACAGUGCGCGGCAAACAGAAGCAAUACUUUAUUGUUAUUUGUAGCUGAUGUAGUGCAGGUAGGUACAGCGCAGCCCCGUGCAGCGCGAGUGAGGAGUCUCCUGACCUCAUCACCACAGAAUACUACUGUUCUAAAGAACUUGUUCUAGGUAUCAAACUAAAGACGUAGCUAUUGAACAUGAAGAUCGAUAGGUUACAUCUCGUGCUUGUUCUUAUGUUUGACCCCUGAACAGAAGGGAAAAGAUUUACGAAUGAACCUAUUGAGAUAUUUCGAUAGCAACAUAAUCUUGUCUAAACGUGAACAAAGUGCUGUUAAAUUUGUGAAGAUGCCUUACAGAACUUGUUUUACUUUAGUUUUCAAUUAAGUAUCUACCUAGUUACAGUUAGUUAUGGUCAGAAACACACAUCGUAUGCGUUGCACGGAAUAGUAUUGAAAAGCCAUAAGUAUAAUAAAAAUUCACAGUAGAAGUGUCAAAAUGAGUGCCUUGAUCGACGAAUAAGUAUGUUGUACGCACGAGGCGAACCGUCUCUAGUUCACACCAUGCCACAUGUAGGAAGAACAUUCAAGGAAUAGGUAUUCUUGUAGCAUAAUAGUUAAUUAAUUAGUCAAUUAGAGUGGAUCGCUUCACAACAUUGUAGAAGUACCUACCUAUCGAAAAGAGAUUUAAUUAAAUAAUAUAAGUAACGAUGGCAAUGCAAUGCUUCAAGGUAGAUGUUUUGGAUAUGUAUGUACCUAUACUGAGGGCUUGCUACUUAAAUGAUUCCUAUUUACGCAACUUAAGUACAUAAUAUUUAUAUUUAUAAAAUUACUGCCGAUUUAGAUAUCCCAACAUUUUAUAGGAAAUUCAAUAUGUGAUACCAAUGCCUUAUUAUUAUCUACUACUUAUCUAUAUUUGAAAAUUUGUAUUUUCUACCUGUUACAGUAAUUAAAUGAAUUGAUGGAAACAAAGUAUUUAUAUUUAUGUAGUAAUACGCGUUUAUUGAACUGUGCAUAUAGGUAAUAGAAUCAAUGAGAAAAAUAAUUUAUGUUUAGAUGAUUAAGGUUUUAAAGUAAAAUUUUGAUUAUUUUUUA